UUCCUUUUUCCUUAUUGGUCAACUGACCAAACAUUGACCCUUAGCCUUAAAGUUCUCUUCGUUUCCCCACUGUGAUGUACUGCCCUUUGCUUUCCCAAAAACCACCAAUCAAGUACUAAGACAUGCAUGAAUUAUUAUAAAAUAAAAAUAAAAUAAAAAGUUCAAAUUUUGUUUAACAAGUAAGUAAGAAUUUGGAGACAUCACUUAGUGACAAUGGGUCUGAUCAACAUUCUUCUGGUUUCAGCCAAAAUUUUGCUCUCUUGUUCUUUCUGGAUAUUUUGCAGACCAUCAGUAACAUUGCUGUGUCCUCUAUAUGCAUCAAUUCGGGCGAUAGAGAGUGAUAAAACAUCCAGCUACCAAAAUUGUCUUCAAUAUUGGGUAAUAUUUGGAUUAACCACUGUCUUGGAAUUGACUCUUGCAAAGCCUUUGACAGGGUUCUCGUUUUGGCAUUAUGCAAAAGGAUUAGCAUCCCUCUUGCUCGUACUGCCUCAGUUUGGUGCUGCGUCUUAUGUGUAUAAGAACUUUGUUAAGCCAUGUCUUUCCCCAAAUCCACCCAUAGAAAAGAUCACAGAAAAGAACGAGUGCAUGGCCAUGGAGUGCAGCGCUUAUAUUGAUGCAGCACCCGGACAUGUUGAACAGGAUGAAAAGGACAACCUGCAAAGUUCCGUCGUUUGUGAGGUAAUCCUAGCUGCAUCUUGUGCUCGGACAAUUUAUCCUAAGAAAGUUCAAAUGGACUGGAGCUGCGUUCUCUGUCUGGUGAGCACUUCCAGUGAGAAAUGUCUAAAGCAACACAUUCAAGGCAGGAAGCACAAAUUGAAGGAAGAAGAAGAAGGAAGGAAACAUGAAAUGAUGGCAAGUAAAAAAUCUAGAUUUGCCUCAACAUUAGAAGGAAAUUAUUUAACAGAUUUACUUGAAAGUUUGAAGUUCGUGGAAUCAAGAGGCUUUAAUUUCAGAAGACCAGUUAAGUGGUGCACGUGGAAAAAGCCCGAGUUUGGAUGGAUAAAACUAAAUACGGAUGGAUCUAUAGACCGAAAAAGAGCUGGUCUUGGUGGUUUGCUUCGCGACGAUGAAGGUGUCCCUAUAUGUGCUUGCAUCUCUAAGGUUCCAUAUGAUGACAUUUACUUGGUAGAGUUACUGGCUAUAUGGAGAGGUCUUACACUUGCUCUCAAUUUCGGGAUCAAAAUGAUAUGGGUAGAAUCCGACUCGAUGAGUGCUGUGAAAGCUAUAAACAAAGAGCAGCCAUAUAAUCAGAAGGCUAGUAGCUGCCUCCAACACAUUUGGAAAAUCUUGAGGAAGUUUCAGAAGUACCAAGUCACUCAUUCGUGGCGUGAAACGAACCGAGCUGCUGAUUAUUUAUCAAAGAUGGAUAUAUCAGGAAGUGACAUUGUUAUGUGGCCUACAGAUUUUCAUAGUUCCCUUUGCAAAAUUAUUACAGAAGAUGCUCAAGGAAGCUGGUACCUUAGACGUUAA